GGGGACGUGUGUGAGUGUGUCUGUGUGUGAGUGUGUGUGUGUGUGCGUGCGUGCGCGCGUGUGUGGUGUGUGUGUCUCCAGUGCGAUUUCCCCUUUCUCUCACUCGCCUCAGCGCAGCUCUUCAGCGGCUCGCCCCCCCCCCCCGACAGCGGGCGCCCCCCGCCGCCCUGCCCCUCAGCGCGGGCCUCCCGAGAACCUCGGGACUCGCGUCGCACCGCCUGCGCCCGAUUCCUCUUCAGCCGGGGCGCCGCCGUCUCACCUGGGGUUCGCAUCUCGCUCGCCCUCCAACUUUACCAUUGGCGGCGGCGGCGGCGGCGGCGGGACGUGUGGGGAGAAGCCCAGCGCCUCGCCCGGCCGCCCGCCCGCCCGGACCAGCCUGCCCCGGCGCCGAGGUUGCUCUUGUGGUUGGCCUAGCCCAGCAUGCAGCCUUGAGCCUGGCAUAGGCCACACCCACUCCAACUCUGGAUAUCCUCCCCGAAGGCUCAGAGAAGGCACUAGAUUGAUCCUAAGGUACCCGAAGAACAGCUGUUCAACAAGGAACCACCACAGCUCCAGGGAGCCGGGGGAGUCUUCUUGUCAGCUCUGGCGGAAGCCACUAUGGCUAUUGCCCUGCAGCCCAGCGAUCUGGUCUUUGAGUUCGCAAGCAACGGGAUGGAUGAUAUCCACCAGCUGGAAGACCCUUCAGUGUUCCCGGCUGUGAUCGUGGAACAGGUCCCCUAUCCUGAAUUAGUACAUCUGUACUCAGGACUGGAUCUGGAUGAAGUCCACAAUGGCAUCAUAAGAGACAGGACCUUGUGCAUGACACAGGAUCAGAUCUUAGAAGGCAGUAUUUUGCUGACAGAUGACAAUGUGUCCACCUCAAAUAACGCGUCAUCUACUGAAGUCCUAUUCAAUGUGGCAACUCCCAAUGAUGUCCUGGAUGAGAAGCAGAUCUUCAGCACACCGGAAGUGCUUCCAGACUCCAACUCUGUUCAGGCCAUCAAUCUGCCCAACUUCCUGCUUUCUACCCCUGAACCUGAUGACCCAAAGAAGACAAGUGAUGCUGGUGACCAGAAGGAGCAUUCUCUGGAGGAGGCUUCCAGAGAGGAAAAUCUUAGGAAGAUUGGGAAGUCACGGAAGAGAAGUAAAAAGACAAAGAACAACCAAGUACUCUCACCUGUCACUGACCCCAGCAUGCCCAUCCGGAAGAAAUCCAAGGAUGGCAAAGGCAGCACCAUUUAUCUGUGGGAGUUCCUCCUGGCUCUUCUGCAAGAUAGAAACACCUGCCCCAAAUACAUCAAGUGGACAGAGCGAGAGAAAGGCAUCUUCAAGUUGGUGGACUCCAAAGCUGUGUCCAAGCUGUGGGGCAAGCAGAAAAACAAACCUGACAUGAACUAUGAGACUAUGGGACGGGCCCUAAGAUAUUACUAUCAGAGAGGAAUCCUGGCCAAAGUGGAAGGGCAGAGGCUGGUAUACCAGUUCAAGGAGAUGCCGAAGGACUUGGUGGUGAUUGACGAUGAGGAGGAGAGUACUGAAACACCAGAAGACUCUCCCCAGGCCUCUACUUCCUCCACACCCUCUACCAGUACCACCCGGAGACCCAGCUCCAGGGUUGUAACCAGAGCCUCCCCCGAGGACAAGGAUAGUCCUUCCUGGGAGAAGCCAAAGGUUGAACACACUGGUCUCCAGCCCUCUGCAAGCCUGGAGUUAGGAUUAUCUGUGGAUGAGGAGGUCCCCACUACCUCCACCAUGCUUGUCAGUCCACUACAGAGCCAGGCCAAGCCCGCCAAAACUGUGAGGUAAGGGCAUCCUAGUAAUCGGAGUCUUCCUUUAGUCAGUAGCCCCAGUGGGGCCUGGGCUCCACGGUUACCCCUGCAGACCAUCCCACCGAGUUGCAAAGCGACCAAUGGGCCUCCUGCGGUGCCACUGCUCCUGCUCAGCCUCGUUCAGGUGUCCACAGGUGUCAAAACGUUCAAGGACACCCUCACUUUGCAGACGUCCUUUCCCCUGAAUGCCAGUUUGCAAGAGAACCAGGUGGCAACCCAAGGGACCCCAUUGAUCCUCAGUGGUCUCCCCCAACUUCUGGCCGGGGCCAACCAUCCGAGCAACCCAGUACCAUCCCAGGUCAUAGGUGCUGGGUCAGCAGGGCCCAGCACUCAGCCCCCUGGGACUGUCAUUGCUGCCUUUAUCAGGACUUCUAGGGCAUCAGUGCCUGUGGUUAAGGAGGGGCCCCUGAGGUCCUCUUCAUAUGUGCAGGGUGUGGUAACUGGGGCCCCAGUGGAGGGGCUGUUGGUCCCUGAAGAGACCCUAAGAGAGCUCCUGAGAGAUCAGGCUCAUCUUCAGCCACUUCAGAGUCAGGCGCUCUCAAGAGGUUCCCAUAACCUGAGCCUUGUGGGGAACCAGACUUUAUCUCCCCCUAGCCACCCCACUGUUGGGCUAACUCCGGUGGCUGAACUUGAGCUCUCAUCCGGCUCAGGGUCCCUGUUGGUAACUGAGCCUAAUAUGACCACCUCUGGGAGCCUGCUGACCAGAUCCCCCACCCAGGCCCCUUUCUCCCCAUUCAAUCCCACUUCCCUCAUUAAGAUGGAGCCCCAUGACAUAUAAACAAAGGGAUCAAAAGUAUGACCCUCCGGGGCAAAAUUGUGAAGCAUUUUCGUGUGGACUUAAGUAGAGUACCCGCCCUUACAUCUAGCGCGGUGAGAGAAAAUUUGAUUCCAAGUUCCCUAGGCCUAUCUGGCGUCGUUAUGACCAAAGUACGCCCAGCUCAAGCAUUGCUGGCAUCAGACAUGGCCUUCAAGAGCACUAGGGAGUGGAUAGGCUCUUGAAAGGAUAAUGAGAUGACUUGGUGAUGGAGGGACAUCCACAAGCCAGGAAGCCGCUGGUCAGAGGCUUCCCAAGAAGUUAAGUCUGGUCAUACUUCGCUAUCUAUAUUCCUUACACAGGGAACUUACCAUCCGAUAUGUGAAUAUCUUCUUCGUAUGCAUUUGUGUGCACUUGUGGUUCUGUAUCUUCAUUUCUUCGGGGAGGAUGGGAUUUAGAUGUCAGGUCUUUUCUUCGUGUGUGUGUGUGUGUGUGUGUGUGUGUGUGUGUGUGUGUGUGUUUCCGUCCAUUCCUAGGUCAGCCACAGAGAUGAGGCAUGUUUAAGAGAAAGCACUCUGUAACUUUUUUUUUUGCAAGCAACAAUGCCAUUCUGAGACUGGAAGGUACUGGUUGAAUGAAUGUCCCCCUCCCAGUCUAAAGAGACGUCACAGAGCCGGAACAGGUCUUGGUAGGAGAGCUUCAAUGGGUGCACAUGCUGAGAGGACAUUGCUAAGGGACAAGAGUCCACUUGUGUUGAAACCAUAGCGGGAAGGAAA